CUCUCUCUCUCUCUCUCUCUCUCUCUCGUAGUAACAGGGAAAAUGGCAAGCUCUCAGUGCUGUGAAAAUCCUCCAACGUUGAACCCUACAUGCGGACAGGGGUGCGUAGAAGACAUCGGUGGCCUCAAGGCCUACAUCACCGGUCCUUCCGAUUCCAAGCUUGCUGUUUUCCUCCUCUCCGAUAUUUUCGGAUAUGAAGCACCGAAUUUGAGGAAGCUCGCAGACAAAAUUACAGUGGCUGGUUUCUAUGUGGUGGUUCCUGACUUCUUAUACAGAGAUCCGUACAAUCCCAAUGAUCCUAAGAGACCAAUUAUGGAGUGGCUAAAAGAUCAUGGAACGGAUAAAGGAACUGAAGAUGCGAAAGCAGUUGUUGCAGCUUUGAAAAGUAAAGGAGUAUCUGCAAUUGGGGCUGCGGGCUUUUGCUGGGGUGCGAAGGUAGUGGUGGAAUUAGGGAAGCACAGUCUCGUCAAUGCUGCAGUGCUUUGUCAUCCUGCCUGGGUCACUGUUGAUGAUAUUAAAGAGGUUAAAACUCACACUGCCAUACUUGGAGCCGAGACUGACCACCUUUCUCCACCAGAGCUGGUGAAACAGUUUGAGGAGGCUUUAUCUGCGAAAGCUGAGGUGGAUUCUUUUGUGAAGAUCUUCCCGGGGGUGGAACAUGGAUGGACAACGAGGUAUGACGUUGAUGAUGAAACAGCUGUGAAGAAGGCAGAAGAAGCGCAUCAGGACUUGUUGGCCUGGUUCACUAAGUAUGUCAAGUAAGAGAAGAUACUUUGUAUAUGAUUAAAAACAACAUUUGAUAGUGCAAGCUUGAGUUGUAUUUGUAACCUGCUUCUCUCUGUGUUAUUAGUGGGAUUCAGUGAGUGAAGUAUGAGUUAUAUGUAUAACCUACUUCCCUCUGUGUUAUUAGUGGGACUCUCAGUCAGUGAUUCCUAUGAGUCUGCGGAUGCCAUUAUUAAGUUGAUUGUUUGUGGGUUUUGGAUAUUA